UUGAGCGACAGAAAACUGGCUUGCAAUAAAGGGCCAGAUGGCUGUGCUGCUCAAUUUAUACACAGGCCUCUCUGGAGAUACACUGUCAGCCCCUUCUCCAAGAUAACACGUGGACCUGUCUUCGGUGCCUAGCCCUGUUGGCAGUUAGCAGAGUGGCAAGACUUGGCCUGGCUUUGAGGAACAGCCAUUUUUCAAAUCAGAUCAACCAAGAGUGCUGAGAGACGGACUGAGAAUCAGAGGAAACAUGAGCAAUCCUCAGCCUUUGGAGGAGGAGACAUACGACAUGUCAGGCGCCCGCUUAGCCCUGACACUGUGCGUCACCAAAGCUCGGGAAGGCUCAGAGGCAGACCUGGAUGCUCUGGAACGCAUGUUCCAGCAGCUGAAGUUUGAGAGCACCAUAAAGAGAGACCCCACCGCCCAGCAAUUCCAGGAAGAGCUGGACAAAUUUCAGCAGGCCAUGGAUGCCAGGGAUGACUUCAUCAGCUGUGCUUUUGUGGUGCUCAUGGCACAUGGGCUGGAAGGUCGCCUCAAGGGGGAGGAUGGAGAAAUGGUGGAGCUGGAAGACCUCUUCAAGGUUUUGAACAACAAGAAUUGCCGGGCCCUAAGAGCCAAGCCUAAGGUGUACAUCGUGCAGGCCUGUCGAGGAGAACAAAGGGACCCCGGUGAAACAGUAAGUGGAGACGAUAUUGUGAUGAUCACAAAAGACAGUCCCCAAACCAUCCCAACGUACACGGACAUCCUCCAUGUCUACUCCACCGUGGAGGGAUAUAUCGCAUACAGACAUGACAAAGAGGGCUCCUGCUUCAUCCAGACCCUUGUUGAUGUGUUCACAGAGAGGAAAGGACCCAUCUUGGAGCUACUGACAGAGGUGACCCGGCGGAUGGCGGAAGCAGAAUUGGUUCAGGAAGGAAAACCAAGGAAAGUGAAUCCUGAAAUCCAAAGCACCCUUCGGAAACGGCUCUAUCUGCAGUAAAAGUAGAAAGGGCAGGGAGGGCUGUCUUUCAAGGGCUCUCUCUGCCACACAGAUAUUUAGAGGCAGCUCUCACCACUCCCCUAAAAUCUUGUCUUCCCAAAGCCAAAUGUUACCCAGUUCCUCUUUCAUCACACCCCUCAUGCAAGUCCUCUUUCUAUCUGCCCCUGCCCUUCUUAAAGCAAGCCAGCCACAACAUAGUACAAGGCAUAGCAGUAAUGUGAACAUUCACCUCCCUCAGACUGGAAUCUCUACCUUUAUUAAUACAACCUAAGAGUAUAUCCACUGUUCCUAUCUUCAACUGAAACCCUUUUCUUUCUUUUAUUAAUUAUACCUAUGCAAAUGUAACUGGAUAAAGCUCAAGAUUUUCCACUGAUAUACCAACACUCACACACCACCUCCCACCCCAAUCAAAAUUUCACUGGAUCCUGAAUUUCACUUGGAGUUAUAACCUUCUUCUGAGAACCAUAUCCAUUUCCAUCUCCCAGAGACUCCCUCCCAACCCCUAGAAAAUCAGUAAAGCAAGAAUCAUUCUUUCUUUCCAAGACUCCUCUUCCUUGGCAAGCUGGUACCUUGACAUCAUUCUCCUUUUAGCUCAUGGGCUCUCUUUGGAUAAUGGAGCUGUUUCAUCUUUUUCUGAGUCUCUCCCUACUAACUGAUCCUACCCAAGGCCCUGGACUCUGCCUUCUUUCCAAGAAAAUCCAUCCAUUUAUUUCUUCUCAAGGCUUCAGCUUUUAACCACUCUGAAUUACAACAUGUUGAACCCAUGGCUAAUUCUCUAGUGUCACUCUGCUAUUUUUUAGACAAUGUGAUAGAGACCCAAAGAGGUUUAAAGGCUUGUCAAACGCCACAUAGCAGGGUGCCUGUGUGGCUCAGUUGGUUAAGCGAUACCCAGCAGUCAAGGCUACCCCUGUGGGAUUGGGCAUUGGGUUGGAAUUUGAACCAAAUGUGUUGCCUUCCAAGUCCAUGAUUCAUGUCUCCCCAUCUCCAGCCUUGAUCCUUCCCCACUGAAAUAACCUGUGGGCCUAUCUGCCAUCAUUGAAAAUUCAUGGCUAAUGAUGAGUCUUUCUCCCCAGUUCCUCUUUCAAGUAGCACCCUCAUCCUCAGACCAGGUUCAGAAUUCUGCAGUUAUCUAUGACUCCCUUCUUCUUAUCUCCUUUCAAAUGCUACCAAGCACUGUGUUCAGCAUAGCCUGACUUUGAACAAUUCUCACAUCUGUCUUCCCUUCCCUUACAUGUUACUCUUCAGGCUCAAGUCCUGUCCUCUAUGUCUACAUCUUUGCACUAUCUUCCUUCCUCGCCUCUCUGCCUGCCCAUUUCAUCCCUCCUCUGACCACCAUGUGCAACUCUUGACCUACCUAGAACAUUCAAGCACACACAACAGUACCCUACAUUGAGCACUGGGUGUUAUUCUGUAUGUUGGCAAAUUGAACACCAAUAAAAAAUUUAUUAUUAAAAAAAAGAUAUCAAGGUCAAACUCCACAUCUUGAUUUCUCACAUCCUUAUAAUUCCCCCUGUACCAGCAAUCAACUAAGCUCAUCUCCUACCUCCCCAACUGUGAAUUCACUCUUCCAACAGCAUGAAUGUCCUCUUACUCACUCCUGCCUCUGAGGCUUUGCUUGUCACCAUUUCCCCAAGCUGGGGUUCCCUUUCUCUCACUACCUCCCACCCAUAUGUAUUCCAAAGAACCACCCCCAGUAUUCUUUCUAAUUGAUUCUCCACUCUCACCCAGGAUGAGACACUGAUGAUUACAGGAUUGAGGGCAGAAACAAGCCUUGGAUCAACAUAAUGGAUGUUCAAUAAACAGUUGUCAAACUUUAAAAGUA